CCCACCCCCUGCGAUCUCGGUGGCUAUUCACCUCAAUAUCGGCUACUGGCACUAUAGCACUGCCGUGCAUGACUGCAACCCGAGUCAUCAUGCAUCACCCACGCUGCUCUUCCAAGUCCCGGAGUACUGCAAUUCUGCACGCCUGUAGCUACGUCUCGAGUGCCAGACGACCCAGCCCGACAAUGUCGCGGAACCGGCGGCAGUUUGAACAGACUGGGACCGCCACCUGCCUAAUUAUAGGCGUGCAGAACCGGUAGCCAUGCUACGAAACUCACGAUCCGGUUCUCACAGGUCUCCUCCUCCAC